AUGGAGAAGUGCAAAGAAUUCUUUGAUCUCCCAUAUGAGGAUAAACUCAAAUUUCACACUGGAUCAGAUGCUUCACUUCCUCUUCCUCAUGGAUACCGCAAGCACAAAGCUGAUAAGAAUGAAUAUUUCUUUAUGUGUCCAGCUGGAACCACUGCCAAUACAUUCCAACUCUUGGAGGGCAUUCUAAACGAUUGCCUAGGUCUCCCACCCAACUUCCUCAAAGAUUACAACAACGACAGAUGGAUGGAUCUUUUGUUGAGCUAUCGUUAUUUCCCAGCAACUAAAAUUGAAGAUAACGGUGCUACCUCCCACCAGGACCCCACUGUUUUGGCUCUCAUAUUUCAGGAUGAUACUGGGGUCCUCAAAGGACUCAAGGAUGGGGGAUGGAUACCUAUGGCUCCAAUUGAGGGUGCCUUGGUCUUUCACAUAUGCGACGUUCUUCAGGUGCUAACGAACGACAAAUUUGUCAGCCCCUUCCACCAAGUGGUGAGGCCCAAGGGAAAGAGCCGUUAUGUUUUAGUAUUUUUCUACAAUUUGAAUGGAGAAAAAUGGGUAGAACCAUUGCCACAAUUUACUAAAGAACUCGGGGAGCUUCCAAAGUACAGGAGAUUCCAAUAUAAAGACUACUUUGGUAUGAGAGUAAAAAAGAAGUUAAACCCUCCAGCCAAGCACGAAGACAAAACAACAUUGAUCACCUUUGCCUCUGCAACCUAG